AUGCCUAACAAUGGCGACAAACCAAAUGGGUACGAUUUGGUGUACAAGAUUCGAGAAUGUACGAAUUUGGGUCUCUACAACAGUGGCCAGCAGCUUCAUUCCUACGUUUUGAGAUAUGGGUUCAACUCCGAUGUAUUCGUUUCAUCAGCCCUCAUCAAUUUCUACGUUAAAUUGGAUCUAGUGAAAGAUGCACAUAAACUGUUUGAUGAAAUUCCUGAACCAGGUUUAGUUGCUUGGAACUCAUUGAUCACUGGGUAUGUUCGUUCUGGGAAGUCCCGUAUUGGUUUACAUCUGUUUCUUCAGCUACAAAAGUCGACAAUUUCUUCAGAUUCAUACUCGUUUACUGCUAUUUUACCCGCUUGUGGACAGCUACAUUUAGUACAAUUAGGCAAAUCGAUUCACUCUAAAGUUAUCAAAUUUGGUAUCCAACAGAACACUUUCAUAGCAAAUUGUUUGAUCGAUAUGUAUGGAAAAUGUAAUCAUGUAGAAGAUGCAAUCAAUAUUUUCGAUGAAACAUGUUUCAAAGAUACAUUUUCUUGGAACUCGGUAAUCGCUUCAUGUGCUAGAAACCAAAGAAUCGAACAAGCAUUUCACUUUUUGCAUCAAAUGCCAAACCCCGACACAAUAUCAUACAACGAAAUCAUCAAUGGAAUCGCACAAUUCGGAAACAUAGAACAUGCAAUCGAGAUUCUAUCAACGAUUCCAAACCCUAAUUCCUCUUCAUGGAAUUCAAUUCUAACAAGUUAUGUAAACCGAAAUCAUCCAAGAAACGCGAUUGAAUUCUUCUCCAAGAUGCAUUCGCACAACAUAAAAAUGGAUGAAUUCACAUUUUCAAGCAUUUUAAGUGGUGUAGCGCGUCUUGGUGCUUUCACAUGGGGUAUUUUGAUCCAUUGUUGUGUGGUGAAACACGGUUUAGAUGAAUCGGUAGUUAUCGGGAGCAGUUUGAUUGAUAUGUAUGCGAAAUGUGGGAUGUUGAACACCGCGGAGUUUUUGUUUGAAUUGUUACCCGAUAAAAAUUUAGUAACAUGGAACGCGAUGAUAUCGGGAUUCGCGCAUAACGAGAAAUCCAUCAAAGUAUUUGAAUUUUUUGAGAGAUUGAAAGAUGUAAAAGAUUUAAAACCAGACGGGAUCACGUUUUUGAAUGUGUUAUCGGCUUGUUGGCAUGAUAAGGCAUCGUUAAAAGUUGCAAAUCGGUGCUUUGAAUCGAUGAUUUGUGAUUAUAAGAUUGAUCCAACGGUUGAGCAUUGUAGUUGUUUGAUUAAGGUUAUGGGUUGUGAAGGGGAGAUUUGGAGAGCUGAGGGGGUGAUAAAGCGGUUAGGGUUUGAGUCAAGUGGGGAGGUGUGGAGGGCGGUGUUGGCGGCUUGUGCUGGUUGUGGGGAUUUGGAAGUGGCGGAGAUGGCGGCUAGGAAGGUGAUUGAUCUUAGAGGCGAUAUGGAGUUUGUUUAUGUCAUGAUGUCGAAUAUUUAUGCACAAUUUGGGAAGUGGGAAGAUGUGAGAGUAGUGAGGAAGGUGAUGAGAGACAAUAAGGUGAUAAAAGAGGCUGGUUUUAGUUGGAUUGACGUUUAA